UGGCGUAAGAUAAGGCGGCCAACAUGCCAGGUCGCCCAACUUGUUGACCCAGUGGAGCAAUCAGCUAACAGGCGAAAACAGCUGUUGACCACAACACACUACCCACUACCAGACACCAUGUCUCGUCGUCUGAGAGAUAAAGCAUAGCUGCGAAACCAUUGAUAUCUAUUGAUAUCUGCUAACCCAUAUACAACUUAACGCGUUCGGAUGGUGGUACUCGAAGUUCUCCCAUUGUUGGUAAGUGUCCGUGUACACACACAGAUGCAUCAAGUUUCGGAUUGGUGCCUGAUAAGACCCCGAUAAGAAGGGAAUAUGGAGAAGAGCAGACGGGUUAAAAAUAGAAACGCGAGAGCGGCCACAAUCGAAAGAGAACUAAAGACUCGAAUCAAAACACAGCACUGUUGAUGUGGUUAAGUCAUUCGUUGAGUGGCACUGCUCCCAGCGAGACGCUCCAGAGCGUCUAUAAAUAAGCCCCAAAGCUAACGAGGAAAGAUCGCGGUCCGCGAGUUAUAAAACACCGAUUAGAAGGAGAAGUGCAUCCACCACGUGGCUGGCGGGCAAUUGAUUGUAAAAAUAUAUUAUUCAGACAUUAUGACCAGCCAGAAGGAGGGAAAUGGAAGCAAGCCGACCGAUCACAAGACCAAUGGACAUGCGGACGCGGAGGCGGCGACGCAGAAGGCUGGCGGGGAUGAGGACAACUCUCUGGACGCUAUUCUGGUCCGGAUCGGCCAGUUCGGGCGCUAUCAGAUCAUCAACUAUGUUCUGCUCUGCGUUCCGAUGCUCUUCAACGCGUUCUUCUCCAUCUCCUAUGUUUUCACGGCGAGUACGGUGGUACACAGGUGCACUGUUCCGCAGUGCGAUAGUCCCAGCAGUGUCUAUGAGGAGGACUGGCUAGGCUUCACCAUCCCAUACAAGAACUCCGCCUUGGAUGGCUGUCAUCGGUACGCCGUUAACCUAACUGGGGCUAUCACGGGAUACACCGACCCAUCUGGAAAAUACUGCCUCCAUGAGUAUUUCACUGAUAUAUCCGAGACUUGUGGACGCGACUUCAAGUUCAGGGACGAGGAAAAGACCAUAUCAACGGAGUUUGGAAUAUACUGUGAGGACGAGUGGAUGCUUUCCAUGGUGGGCACUAUAAACAAUGUGGGCCAAUUCGUGGGCAUACCCCUUGGAGGAUACUUUGCGGAUCGAUACGGACGACGUACCAUGCUAGCUGUAGCCGGAUCCUUAAGUGCUCUAAUGGGCGUGAUCCGUUCGCUGUCGAGCAACUACUCCAUGUUCCUGGUAUUCGAGUUCCUGGACAUGGCCGUGGGUAGCACCCUCUUUCCAACCGCCUUCCUGCUGGCAAUCGAGUUAGUUGGCCCAAAAAGACGAGUGGCUGCGGCCACAAUCAUCACUAUCUUCUACGCUCUGGGCGAGGCCUUCCUCGGAUUCCUGGCUUCCCAAGUGCAGCACUGGCGCUGGCUGCUCCGGGUGCUUUACGCUCCGGCUGUGCUGCAGAUCCUCUUUUUGUGGAUCUUGCCGGAGAGCGUCCGAUGGCUGCUGAGUCAGGGUGCCGAGGAGAAGGCAUCCAAUGUGCUGCGACAGGCGGCGCGGAUCAAUAAGCGGUCCCUGCCGGAGGAGCAGGUGGAGGAUCUCUUGACCAGCAAUCGACAAAAGCUGAGCCAGGCCAAUGAGAGCCAGUAUCCAAUAAUGCGAGCCGUGGUCUUCUUCUCGCUGCGGAUAGCCAACUGUUGCCUUUGCUGGUUCACGCACACGCUGAUCGCCUUGGGUCUUAGCCUAAACUCUGUUAACCUGGGCGGCAACAAGUAUACCAACUUCAUGCUAAACGGUUUCAUCCAGAUCCCUGGCCUGUUGCUCCCCCUGAUCAUCAUGGACCGCGUUGGCAGGCGCUAUUCCCUCUGCGCCUCGAUGCUGCUCUGUGCCAUUUGCAUGGGCGCCUCUGCCGCAGUGCCAGCAGAUAACCGCGCGGGUUCUCUGACCCUGUUCCUGAUUGGAAAGCUAGCCAUCACCUGUAGCUUCCAGAUCUUGUACUUCUUCACCUCGGAGAUCUUUCCCACCAACGUACGAAACACCCUUUUGUCUCUCUGCUCCAUGGUGGGACGAAUCGGUUCCAUGCUGGCCCCACAAACCCCUCUAUUGGCCAAGUACUACGUAUACGCCCCGCAGAUCCUGUUCGCCACCUUCGCCCUGAUCAGUGGCUUCCUGACCCUGGCCUUUCCCGAGACGUCGGACAAGGUGCUUCCAACGACCAUCGAGGAGGCGCGCGAUUUGAAUCAGGCCAAGCGGCGUGGUGAGGAGUCGUGAUAUCCGUGAUAUUUAUGAUCAGCAUUUAGCAUCGUUUUUAAAGUCAUAGAGCCCUUUUUGUUUUGUUUUGUGUUUUUGUUUCUUUUAUUAUAUACAUACAUAGUAAUUCCAAAACAGUACAUAUAUCUGGAGCUUAUCUCCUUUCACAAUUUGGGCUUACAUAUAGGUUUAACUUUAUUGCGUAUGCAUAAGUAUCUCUCUCGAUCAAUGCAAUUAUUUAUUUAAGUAAUAAAAUUAAUUUUUACUCGGA